AUGUGUCUCGAGAUCUACGUCCAUUGCACCACCCCCGAGCACGACACCCGUCGUCAAAGCAUUAUAAAUCCUAUCACGGGCUACACAGUUUACAGCCCGUGGCAGGAACCAGAUAGUAAGAUAUGCGACUAUCCUCAUAUCGCAGAGCAAAUUGAUAUGAAUCAGUAUUGUCCUUGGCACCCUGGAUGCUGCCGUCUUGAGCGUCAUCACUGGUGCUGGUCGGAUAAUUGUAGUAUAUGGACCAAGUAUCACCACUUUGUCGACGAAGAAAAUGGUGAGACUAAGGACAUCUCAUUUCUAAAUAUAUACAGGGGGCAUAAUCCAACCCAUCUGUAUAUUGCGGGGUGGCUAUUCAAAGCCGGCGCCGAGCUGUGGUUCUCUUAUCACCAUCUGAUAAAUUUGCCCAUCAGUAUAGAAGGAUCCUCCUCGUACGCUGCCGGGCUGGCAAAUGCCGAGUGGUUGCGUACGCGACUACAUGAAAUUGCUAUUAAAGCGAAGGAUUGCCUUGCCCAGUUCGCUAUACUCUAUGAUCUGAAUUCCGGGCCCGGCGCGCUUCCCCCUCGUCCCGGCGCCGAGGCAGACCCGAGGCGCAACGAAUAUGUGUCGAAGUUCUUGGGUCUGCGAGUCGCGGAUAGUAGAUGGUCUCUCGACACCAGUACGGUCUCGUGGCCACAUAACACACCGUUGUGGGACAAGUUUUGUGCCGGAAUCCUCCCGAUGGACGACGAUCCAUACGUUGUUCCGUGGAUCGCAGGGGCAAGCAGAGUCGGAUCGGACCCGGACGCGGUGUUCUCUACGGCCCUAAAUUUAAAUGGUGCUUUGCUACCGAAACAGAACCCCCCUGAGAUGAUAUAUAAUCCUGGUAUGCCAUAUAUCUAUCCUAUGUCUCCUUCACACGUAGUACCUCCCGAGAAACAACUAGAAGCUCUUCUGGAUGAUAAUCCCACAGAUACGUUUUUUACACCUCCAUCUACACCCACUCCAUCUACACCCACUCCCUCUACAUCUACGCUCCUUAAACCUACGUUCCCUACAAACACUCUCCCUAUGGACACCCUCUUGUCGCCCUAUUCACCUAAACGCCCUACUACCACGCCUGUAUCUCCCCCAACAACUCCUACGCCGGAGGCAAAUAUAAGCACCAGCCCUAUACCCGACAGCGCUGAAGUUGAAGUUGAGCUGGACGAAGAAGACAACGUACACGAUGUUGAGGCCUUAGUAGGCCACCAUCCUCCCCACGCCGCACGUCCCGCCGUAAAAUGGUACAAGGUUCGCUGGGAAGGAGACUGGGAAAAUGAUAAAGAGACAUGGGAGCGUGUCGCUGAUAUUUCUACUCAGCUUGUUGACGCAUACUGGGAGAAGCUCAAUGCGGAAACCCCACGAUACAAUUUGCGAAGUAGAAAGUCAUCGUAA